CAUACGAUCAAAGAGAUGCCUUACUAGGACAAGAUCAACACAUCACUGAUUAGCUUUCAACUCCUCUCAAAAGGCAAUUCCACCCAUCAUUCAUCAUGGCAAGUAGAUCAGAUCAGGUACCUCUGUUAAACCAACAAGGGGAUGCAGAGGAUGAAAAUCCAGACGUUCGCUUUACAAUCGACGACGAAACAGGUGCAUACGGUGAACCAUCUCGUUCAUCUGAUGAGCGAAAUGCACACAAAUAUCCACCAGCUGCUCCCCCUCCAUCAUACAAAGAAGCAACGGGAAAAUCUGCUCUUUCACUGAAAGUUUCACAAUUGUUCUCCGCUUUGAGCGCUCCCGAUCUAUCCAUAUUGCAACAUGCACUUUACAAAAUAUGGAGUUUCAUUUGUCGAUUCUGGCCAACAAGUCGUUUUGCUCAAGUGGGCAUGUUCAUGGCCGGUUUAUGGCUCUUGAUUAUCGUAAGUGGACCUGCAUUUGACGAGGCCGGACCUAGAGCGGGUGCAGGUUAUCCUUGGGUGGGUGUUCAACAACUUUCAGAAUCAGGGCCCGGUCCUAUCUCAGGAGAUGGUCAUAUAACAUCUUAUGCGAAUUGGACAUUGGAAUCAUGUCAAAAUUCUAAAGCACAUCGUGGUGAUGUUGUUUGUCACUCUACAACGAAGAUCGAACUUGAUAUUCCAACAGGAUUCCAUUCUACAGAGAGUAUCUUCGUAUAUGCAGAUCCACCAAGACAGAACCAAUUAUCAGAGGGAAGGGGACAUGUACCUGGAACAAUUGAGGUAAAACUCGUACCUGAAGGUACAGGUCCCGGUCAAACACCAAAGGGCAAAGCGACAGUUGUGGUAGAUGCGGAAUUUGAACAAAGUCGAAUGGAAGUGUUUGAGAAAAGUACAGUGGCAAAGUUGGCAUCUGGCUUGGUUACUCAAGGUGUGGGAAUAUACACCUAUCCAUUGCCAGCCAAAUACGUCAACAGAAACCCACCCCCACUUCUUAUGCGCAUUCAAAUCCUUAUCCCUGCUGGAGCAACUGUUGCAGCUUUGAACGUUCAAGCAUCGGCAAUGUCUAUAGGUGGCUUUGUUGAGCCCGAAAUGAUUUUGACUCACCAAGAGAGCAGAGCGCUUCAGCCAGCUCACGCCAAGAGAGACCAGCUUGCCCAUCCAUACUUUGGUCGUUUCAUCUUGCAAAGCGGUGUUACACCCGUUCGGAUAGGAGCAAAUGUCCCUAUACAAGCAUUGGGCGUGGUGAAAGUGACAACCUAUAAUGGCGAUAUCAUAAUUGAUAGCAACAUUAAUUCUGGUGAAGUUCGAUUUGAGACAAUGACAGGAAGUAUACGAUUAGAAGAGAACAGUCAAGUCACCGCUUGGCGUGAAAGUAGAUUGAUCUCACAAACUGGCAAUAUUGAGCUGAAGCGGAACAGUUGGUUCGAUAGCUCAUACAUCCUUGCCAAAACGAAUAAUGGAAAUAUUUUGGGAGGCGGAAAAGAUCAUGCAGGAUCAAAGGAUGGCGGUAUUUGGAAAACCAACAAAACGAUCGAAAUGUAUACGUCAAAUGGUGCAAUUCAUGCAUCGUAUGCUGUUCGAUUGCCAACUGAUUCAUUCUUGAAUCCAACCAAGAAUGUACGAGUAGAAACGGAAAGCAAGAAUGGAGGUGUUGAUGUUGUGUUUGUUGAUCAUGAAAAAGGAACAGGGCUACAAGCCAAAUUGACAACAAGCGUUGGCAUUGUUUUCGCACGGAUGCACAAAGCAUUCGUCGGUAAAUGGCAAUUGGAAGGAAGUCUUUCCGGAAGUGGUAUGACACCACCACCAUCCAAAGACCAAAGAGGUUUCAAGAGCAUUGAGCGGAGCAAAGAUGUGAUCAGAUUGCAAGAACAUGGAACGAUUGGACCGCAAGAUUCAGAGGCAGCAAAGGAUAGCAGUGUACUCAUCCGAAGCUCUCUUGGUGGUGCUCAGCUCUCCUUUGACUGAUUGCAUCAACUUAUUUUAUUCUCUUACUCAGCAUUUAUCAUCUACAUAUUUACACAUUUCGCACACAUUCUUCAUUACACUGUAUUAUUUUGCAUCUCAU